AUGGGCACAGAUGCCGCAGAGGUCAUCGAGACCUUAGCGGCCACAUUCCUCUCCACGACAGCUGCGCGAUCCGACCCCCAGGAGUGCCACCUUCUCAAACUGCCGGCAGAACUACGACUCAGAAUCUACGACUACUACUUCCAAGAUGUGAAGCUCCCGGCGCUUGUGAUCGAGAACGACCCUCUGCUCGCUACCUGUCGCCUCAUCCGCCGCGAGGCUUCCGAGGCUAUGGGGAAGAACUCUACGAUGGCGGUCCUGUUGGCUGAUCCUGAUCAUUACGAUGACAAGCAGAUGAUGGCAAAGCACGUAGGCUGCGUCGACUGGUUUCCAUCCAGGGACAGAUUUCUUAUCCUUGUCAACACCUACCAAAAGCCCGGGAACUGGCGCGGUCUGCUUAGAGCAGUUCAACUUACGGAUUACAAACACUUGACUCUGGCACUAAACAUCAAGGCAUGGUAUGGCCCGACCUUAGCUGAAUUCGAUGCCCUUGUCGACGCUUUCAAGAAGAUCAGGACAAGAGCACGCAUCGAGGUCGCAAUGCAGAUUGUAUACAAGGAGGACGACGAAGAUCCAGUGAUGGCGUUUCGUCUGCGCGUCUUGGAGGGAUUCGUUGCCAAUCGCAAGAUUGACGAUCUAGUGCAACACCUUGGAGCAAGCAGAGUCCAAUUUGACGAAGAUCGCAUCAACAAGGAAAUUUUCGGGAAUGAUCAAGUUCGCAUGAUGUCUUGGUGA